UGAAACUGACGUAAUGCUUGGAGUCUGAGGUCCUGUCAAGCGAUAACAUUUCUGAUAAAGAACUGGGAUCACUGCAAACUAACCCUCCUUUUCCAUCCAGACUCGGGCGUUUUAAAUAUUAUACACAGUCACCCUGAUUCCACGUGCACAGGCGAGAUUCGAAAUGUUAUAUCCCCUCUAACAAAAAAGAAAUAGUAGGCUACCCCGAGAUCAACAAACAAACAGCACAAAGACGGUUCAUGGCUUACGCCAAAGCUCCACCAUCUUUCAGACUGCAAAGACUAUUGCAAUUUAAUCAACAGAGAGAGAAGCAUUGUGACUCGUCCUGUGGUGGAACCCAGGACUGAUUAUUACCUGGGAUCUCCUCUGAACACACAGGUGGGAGAAGAGAACAACCUUUAAGAAAUCUGAGAAAGACCCUGCCAACAACAACAACAACAACAACAACAACAACAGCAACAGCAAGACCAAAGAAAGGACAAUGGAAUAAAUGCAUCUCCGGCAUGGACGUGGAAUAAAGGAUACCUCAGUCAAGAACCAGGGCAAGGACUCUGGAUGUUGUUCCUACUCUGAUAUCUGGAUCCCUGUGGAAUCUGUGCUGAUAAUGCGCUAACCCAAUGCUCGGCAGAGAUAUGGUGAGGAAAAAGAACCCCCCUUUGAGAAGCUUCGGUGGUGAGGAGGAAGGAGAAGGAGAGACUCUGGCCUCGGAGGCCACUGGGCCGGAUAGCGAGGACAGUGCGGGGAGCCAGGCCUCAGAGCCUAACGGUGCCGACGGGCUGCUGCCAGCCGAACCAGGCCGGGCCCACGUGCCGGUGACAGACGAUCAGGAGGACCCCUCCUCCUCCCCUGGCUCUGUCUCAGGCUCCAUCGAACAGGAUGGAGGAGGAGGGAGGGGGGAUGGAGGAGCAGGAACAGUGCCGACAGUCGGCAGCGACACGCCUGGCUUUAAUUACCCCAGCCACAAGAAGGGAGGAAAUGUAGCGUCCUUCCCCUGCCAUGAGGUGACAGACUCAGAUCUGCCGGCGCUCCCAUCCCGGGCCCAGCCCGAUGGGGCUGUGUCUCUGUCUCCGCUCAGAUCAGAACCAGAUGAGGGGGGAGGGGGUCAGGCACGCAGCCCGGCUGGGGAGCUGCUGCUGGGGGAGAGGGGGAGGCCGGGGGAGGGAGGAGGGGUAGAAGGGGUGGGUGUCAGGGAGGGACUGCUGCUGCUGGGUGCCCAGGGGAGGGGCUACAGCAGUGCCAGCGGUGUCAUUGUCCAGGGCGUCACCCGUAACGGCGAGGACAGGGACCCCUCCUACAGCCCCACAGGAGGUCUCUCAGGUCACCAGGAUGGUAUGGAUAGCUCUGGAUACCCUUUGCUACGCCCUCUCCACCCACACAGGGGGGUAGGUGAGGGGGCCGAGGACACCAUGCCCUGUCCCCUGGGGCCCGAGACAGGGGUAGCCCCUCCUUCCUCUCCCAAAUUGCAGGACUUCAAGUGCAACAUCUGUGGGUAUGGUUACUAUGGGAACGACCCCACGGACCUGAUCAAACACUUCCGGAAGUACCACCUGGGCCUGCACAACCGCACGCGGCAGGACGCGGAGCUGGACACUAAGAUACUGGCCCUGCACAACAUGGUGGGCUUCUCCCCACAGAGCCUCCACGCCAAAGAUGCUACCCGGCCCCCGUCUCAUGCUGCCCUGACCGGAGUGCUACAGGAUGCUGCAGGGUCCACACGGUUGUUACUCAACGGCACCUACGACGUACAGGUGACGCUGGGAGGCACCUUCAUCGGCAUCGGGAGGAAGACUCCGGACUGUCAGGGAAACACCAAGUACUUCCGCUGCAAGUUCUGUAACUUCACCUACAUGGGCAGCUCCUCCUUGGAGCUGGAGCAGCACUUUCUGUCUGCUCACCCGAACAAGAUGAAGUCCCACCCCCCACAGCUGCCCAAUGACGACAAGCCCUCGGACAGGAGGGGGAACUGUGUGACACGGGGCGGUGGUGCAGAGGGGGCGGAACCGGGAAAGUGGGCGGACCGGGUGGCGGUCCGUGCGGAGGACGACUCGGUGGCUGGCUACUCUGUUCCCAUCCGCGCCACCGACUCCCCUGGCUGGACGGGGACCGAUGGCGGCGCCACAGCGGCGGACUAUUACUGGUGUAAGUACUGCAGCUUCAGCUGUGAGUCGCCCAGCUCACAACGCCUCCUGGAGCACUACGAGAAGAGACACAACCAGCCUGGGGGAGGAGGGACCAGGGAGGGCAGCCCAGCCGAGAGGGAACGAGGAAGCAGCAAGGCCAGGGACAGAGAGAGAGACCCUGAUCGAGACCUGACCCCCCACAGCCGGAGGAAAGACAAGACAGGAAUGGGUGGCACACCGGGGGCAACAGACCCAGAGACGGUGGUGACCAGCUACAACUGCCAGUUCUGUGACUUCCGCUACUCCAUGAACCACGGGCCUGAGGUUAUUGUGGUGGCGCCUCUGCUCCGCCACUACCAGCAGGCCCACAGCAUCCAUAAGUGCACCAUCAAGCACUGCCCGUUCUGCCCGCGUGGCCUCUGCAGCCCCGAGAAGCACCUGGGGGAGAUUUCCUACCCGUUCGCCUGCAGGAAGAGUGCCUGCUCCCACUGUGCCCGCCUCCUACUCCAGCUGUCUCCCCAGGACAUCUCCCCAUCCCCCAGGCCCAGUGUCACCCACCUGUGUGACCAGUGUCCCUAUGCCACCAGCGACAUCGACCUGCUCCUGCUGCACUACGACAGCGCCCAUGCCACCCAUGGCGUGCUGGAGGUCAAGCCCGAGGAGGAGGGCGCAGAGACGGGGAGGAUCUCGGCCCCCAAGGGCCCUCACGGGGAGCACUCAUGCACCAAGUGCCAUUUCAUCACAGAUGUGGAGGAGGAUAUCUUCCGUCAUUACAGGAGAGUCCACGCCUGCUGCCGGUGCCGCCACUGCAGCUUUACGGCCUCUGACACCUCAUCACUUCUGGAUCACUUCAACACGGCCCACUGUCAGGAUUCCUCCGCCUCCUCUCAUCCCUCCGCUUCCUCCACCACCACCAACGGCUGCUCCGCCACCACCCCCUCCACCCUCAGCAUCAAGGAGGAGAGCAAGGGCGACCUCAAGCUCUACAGUCUGGUUCCCCCGGAGGGUCGCGCCGCUGAGGCAGGGCCGGGUGCCGAGGGAGGGGUGAAGAGUGAGGCCCUGGACGAGAAGGACACCCAGGGCCCCAAGGGAUGGGUGGAGGCCAGAGAGGCCCAGGCCCAAUCCCACGCAGCAGGCCUAGUAUGGGUGCCUAAGGAGCGGGCCGGGGAUAUACUGAGGGGUAGUCCGGCCCAGUAUCCCCAGGGCGCCCUGCAUCUACUCAAUGCUGUGGCCGCCUCUCAGGAGCAACAGCACCACCAGCAGAAGGGGGGGUCAGCGGUGCUCAGGGACUCCCCAGGCCUGGUGUUCAGCCUGGGGGGGGUCGACACCAAGGCCUUCCUGUCAGGACAGCCCCAGGGCGGUGCCGAGAAGCCCGGGCAUCUGGUGCAGCAGUACUCCUCACCCACCGAAGGCAAGGCCGCCAAGGAGGAGUCCCAGUCGCUCCUAAGGAGACGACGAGGCUCAGGGGUAUUCUGUGCCAACUGUCUGACCACCAAGACCUCGCUGUGGAGGAAGAAUGCCAACGGGGGAUAUGUGUGCAACGCGUGUGGCCUCUAUCAGAAGCUCCACUCAACUCCACGGCCGCUGAACAUCAUCAAGCAGAACAACGGCGAGCAGAUCAUCCGCAGACGCACGCGGAAGCGCCUCAACCCCGAUCCUCUGCCCUCCGAACCUGUGGGCUCCAAGCAGCAGCGAAUCAACAGCGAGGAGCGCCUUAAUGGCAGUCCCCUGGAGCGUCGGCCAGGAGAGGAUGGGCCAGGCUCAGACGGAGGGCCCGUUCCUCGCGGAGGGGAGCCCCCGAACGCCCUGGGCAAGUACGAGGCCUACAGCUCCUCUGGGGCUAAGGGCCACCCCAGCCCUCGCUCCACCCAUGCCUUCCUGGUCAGCCAGACCCUAGAGAUCCACAAGCGUAUGCCUCCUUUGCACAUACACAACAAGAACCCUGCGGAGGGAGGGGCGGAGGGGAACGGGGUGGGCUCAGCUGGGGUCCAUCACAUGGGCUCGGAGGGGAAAGGCGGCUCGGCCUCCGAGAGGGGUAGCCCCAUCGAGAAGUACAUGCGCCCUUCCAAACAGGCUAGCUACUCGCCACCAGGCAGCCCCAUCGAGAAGUACCAGUACCCGUUCUUCAGCCUGCCCUUUAUCCACAACGACCUGCAGAGCGAGGCCGACUGGCUGCGCUUCUGGACUAAGUAUAAAAUGUCUGUGCCGGGCAACCCACACUACCUAGGCCACAUGCCUGGUCUGCCCAACCCUUGCCAAAGCUUUGUGCCUUACUCCACCUUCAGCCUGCCCUCACACUUCCCUUCCCCACCCCCCGCCGGCCCCGAGAGUGACAUCCCUCUCGACCUGGCCAUUAAACAUUCCAAACCGGCCCCCACCGCCAACGGCUCCACCGCCGCUGCCAAGGAGAGGAUUAGCAGUGCCGACACACGGGCCAUGCCCACUGUCCCCCCAGUAGAGAAGGAGAAAGAGAAAGAGAGAGAGCAGCAUGAGAGAGGAGAGGAGAAGGAGGAAGUAGAAGAGGGGCCAUCGCCCCAGCCAGCUCCACCUCCCCCAGCCGUUGCAGCUAAGCCGGAGAGGGUGGACCAGAGCACGCAGGACGAGCUGACCUGCAAGUGCAUCCACUGUGGCAUCGUCUUCCUGGAUGAGGUGAUGUACGCCCUACACAUGAGCUGCCACGCCGACGGAGGGCCCUUCCAGUGCAGCAUCUGCCUGCACUCCUGCGCAGACAAGUAUGACUUCACCACACACAUACAACGAGGGCUUCACCGGCCCACCGUCGAAGCUGAGCCAAAGGCCGAUGCUCCAAUGGACUCUGUGUGAUUUUGGUGCCCCCCACAGACUUGGAAUUCUAGCACAAGCAUAGCAGUAUGAAAAAGAACUCUACGGACAAAAACAAUGUACUGUAAUGAUUGAAUGAGACUUUUUGCUAAAUGUGCCAUGAUAGCUUCUGUGCCUCCGCAGCCAGUGUAGGGAACUAAUAUCAUUUAAACAUUUAUAUUGGACUUAAUACAGAAAAAGUGAUUUGCUAUUUUCUUUUUUUGUUGUAAAGGAAACGCUUUUGAGGAAAAUGGUACCACAAGUAGCCGCUUAUUUUUGUGUUUAUUUUUUUUUCUAUUGUUAAUUUUUUUCUUCAGAAGUGUUACUUUGACAAGGCAGUUCAGUAAACAACAAGGUACAUCUACGAGUUUUUGGGAUUGGUUUAUUAUUCAGUGGGUUGGUUGUGCUACUCAUCAAUGUUCUCUUACCUGGUUGAUUCAAUGUUCCGUACAGAAUGAGGAUGUGUGAAUUGAUAUGUAAAGUGAGGAAAUGGGAAAUGUCAGUCGUCUGUCAUAAUCUCAUCCCCGAUGGAUGGGCAGAGCGAUGACUAAUGAUUGGAUUGUCCUCAAAUAAACGUCCUCAGGGAACGCACGUGGCUGAUUUAGAAACAUAGCCUGCAGUGGUUUCAGUCGCAUUGGUCUCUGCUUAACAUCCAUCUAAGUGUCUUAUGUUUUAAUGUAUUUUAGUUAUGGCUACAGCUUGUUUUUUGUUAGUUUUUUUUUGGAAAACUAUUGUCACAGAAUUUCCCCUAGACAUGUUAAGUUGCUAGGAUGCAAACCUUAUAUCACUAAAGACAUUUGGGAAGGAAAUAAAAUAAUAAAUACAUAUUUUUUUUUCUAUGUUGUUAAUAUGAAAAAUGCAUAAUAUCAGUGCCUGAUAUAUUGUACAAAGUAUUUUCUACCUGGUAUGUUGAUAUGCAACAUUGACUUUCCAUUUGAGUAAAGGGCCACGAGCUUGGCUCUGCAAAACUGUUUACAUUUGCAAAUGUAGCAAACAAGGUAAUGAAGCAAAAUGCCUGCAAUUCUUAGUAUUUUUCUCUCAUGAGGACAGGACGAUAGAUCACGUUAAAAAAACAGAGGCCUUUUGUCAGAAGGUUGAAUGGGAGAUGAAAUGGAGUCUGGAGAUGAAAUGGAGUCAAAGUAUUUUUUUCUGUUUGUUUGAAUGCCACAGAGAGGCACUAUCCAUUCCAUGUCUUUCUUUCUUUGUAUGCUCCUCCUCGUACACAUUGUAAUGCUUUAUAGUCUAUCCUUUAUAGUCUAUCCUAUCCUGUAUGUAUUUUUUUUAAGAGAAGCUGAUGUAGCUUGGUCAUAAAUCAUGUUCUGUGAGCAUUAUAGCUUUGGACAUCAUGGGUUUUCCUGUCCAGGUAUUUCAACUGACUAUAUCGUACACAAGGCCCAUUUUUUGUAUCUCUAUUCAAUUGAAAUUGACAUAAUACUAUAAUAUUUGGUUUUUAGUAAGUCUUAUUUUCAAGGACUUAAUUUGAACGUAGCAUGAAUUUCUACUUGAUCCAUAGACAGGUGAAACAGGUGCCUUUUGACGGAAAUAAGUCAUUGAAUAUCAACGGUGUUGAAUGCUUUUCCCAUCAAAUCAGCUGUUGUAUAACUCAUCCAAGUAAUUGCCAGGAUGUAGGUGGAUUAAUACCAUUUGAGCGACAAAACAAAUACUACUUCCACACAGUUAUCACACAGCAACAUUACCCCUCUGUAGCUUGUUUGUAUUUUGCUUGUAGACAACGUAUUUAGCCUCUAAAACACUCCCCCAAAAAUCUGUUUCUCUCUCUGUCCUCUCGCUCUCUGUCUCUCUCGUGUGUGCGUACUGUGUACGUCCACCCAUUGCUGCUGCUGCGUCUAGCAUGAGUUCAAUCUAAACUGUCCAUCCUUAGAGACACAUACUUAUUUAUACUUGAGCAGCGGGGAACGAAACGAGAGUCUGCCUGGGAUUCACAAACAAGGAUUUGUGUGAAGUAGCGAUGAACUCAACAUAGCCUUACAAUGCUGCUUUACUGCAAAUGCCUCUUGGAAAACAAAAAAUUGUAAUAUUAGUAAUAAAUUCACAGGUGCAUUUAUCAUAUGAUACCGAAUAACAUAAGGAACUAUUUUUCUUUUAGUGUUCAAUUUGCGAAGUUUUAAUUUGAAAUAUGUUAACGCUUGCACUUCAAUUAUUCUGUUUUAUUGCCAAGGAAGAAAGAGGAUACUGUUAAAUGUGUUAUUAGCAUGCUAUACACAGGUACUGCAAAAAUAAUUAGCAGGAGUGAACAUGCCUAUAAGGAGGACAAGACAAAGAAACACCAUGGACAGAAAGAAUGAUCUGUGCCAAGAAGAUGCCAGUAAGCCAGUGUAGACACGGACAUGGCAAAAAGGCAAAUGUUUUGUAAAUGUUUUAACCAUCAUUUUUAGAAUGUUGUUUCUUGUUUUUACACUUUAUUGCAUAGAAGAUGGGUUUAGAUGAUUUGUUUCUUUAUUUUGUUUUUUCUGCUACCACCUUUACGUUUUUGUGUCGUAGGUUUUACAUGCAAAAAAAUCAACAAAGAUGGCAAAGAUGUCUGUUACAUCUAAACUUGAAUAAUAAUGAUAAUAAUAAUAAUAAUUAAUAAAGUAAUAACAAAACA